AAUGACGAAGUUAGUGUUAAAUUCACUCAAUAUUCUUCUGGGACUGUUCUUUAUAUUCCUGGGGGUACUGAAAAUAUCACCCCUAAUAUCCAGAGAACUACACAAGGAUCUGAGAAGUGAAUACGCUAAAUAUGCCAAGGUGUUCCCACUGGCUAAAGCUUUACAGUUUAAGAUUCCUAGCAAAUGGUUUAGAAGAGUAAUGGGCGGAUCAGAAAUAUUUUCAGGUUUCCUGCUUCUACUGAUACCGAACAGAAACUUGAAAAAUUUCGGAAACAUUCUCUUAUUUGAACGAAUGGCGCCCUCUCUGGUCUUCUUUUUUAUGUUAAUGUGCCGGCUGGUGGUGGACUGGCAGUACUAUAAACAUAAGGAUGACCCAGUAAAUGUAGAAGUUAGCGGUCAGUUUGACGAGCUACCGACCAAACCAAACCCAAUGAAACCCCCUGCUCAGAAGUCUGGUGCUAAAUCCAAUGGUGGUAAAUCCUCCAAAAAGAAUCAAUAAAAAACUGUUUCCAUUUUAGGGACCGUUCUUAAAAAUGAUUUACGACAAUGCCAUUUAAAUAAUGUGUAUGUGGAAGAUAUCCUCGGUUUUCUAUCUUGUGUUUAAUUCGGACAAUUUCCUCCAUUUGCUCCAGUAGAAGAUUUCAGUAAGUUACUUAUAAACCACAAUCGAAGAGAUAUAAUCUCGGAUAGCUCAUUCAUUCAUUAAUUUAUUCAUCCGUACUCAAUCCGACAUGCCACUUUAAAAAUGGAAGGUCAUAUAUUUUAUGUCAACAGUCCCAUUAACCAACCUUUAUAUUCAACUAAUGUUUAUCAUUGAAUCCUUUGCAUUUUUUAUUUUAAUUAUCUCCAGUUUAAAUGUUAAAAACUGACAAUUGCCAAAAAAAGGAGUUAGUAAAAUUGAACAUAUUUCAAUCUUGAAUAACUAAAAUAUGCAAUUAAAAUAAUGUACAUGUAAGAUGAACACGACUAAAUUUAAAUGUCCCCUAGAACCAUUGUAAAUAAAUAUAAUCUUUUAUUAUUAAUAUCACCCUUGUAAACUUGUAAACUAGUGAUAAUUUAUUAAUUUUGUUAAAUAAUUUACUCGUUUUCUGUUUAGUGUGAAAUAAAUAGUAAGAAGAUUU